CUAAGAGGAAAUAGUAGUCACAUAAUAGUAAAGGUAAUGCCGCUACCGUAACCCCCACCAUCAAGUCUGAGAGCCAUAUUCUUAAACAUUUCAACGCCCAAGCACAGAUAUUCGACAAGGCUUUCAUAGGAGUUAUCCCCGCUGAGUGCCGCGCCCCGCCCCCCGCCACCUGACCCCUGGAUCGGCCACUCUCCGGACCGCUCGCCUCCCGCCCGGGCACCCCCAUCGUCUCCUCCAGCAGAGGCCGCCCACGCACCCCUCUCGGCUUGGCCCACCGCUCCUCCAGCCGCCUCAGCCUCGUCACCCGUCCCUCCAGCCGCCUCCGACCCCUCAACAUCCCAAAGGAGGAGGAGGAGGAAGAGGAGGGAACAGAGGACAUACCCGAGGACGACGACGACGACGACGAGAGCAGGGAUUACUCAACGCUUGCCACACGCGAAAGUUUCUCAGGCACCUCGCGCAGCAGCAGCACCGGGGGCGACAACACAGAGCUCUCCCGCGACACCUACAUCUCCAGGCACUCCAGGUACUGCAGGUGCGCCUCAACACAGGAAAUCGAGGACGAGGACGAUUUCGAGGACGAGGACGAGGACGAAGACGAGGACGACGAGGACGACGAGGAGGACACAGACAUGGUGGAGGCGAAGGUGGUUUACGCCUCCAGCCACGACCCUUCCUUCCCCCCCGCGGCCAUCCUCGACGGGCGUCCGGACACGUUCUGGGCCUCGACCGGACUGUAUCCUCAGGUUGUAGUAGUGACCUUGCCGGGCGUCACCUCCGUGGAGUCCUUGUCUAUCUUGGCGUACAAUGUUCGCCGCGUGGUCGUUGCUCGCAGCGUCAAAAGUCUUCCCACCGACUUCGAAGAUGUUGUGGAAAAGGAACUGCCGCAGGUCGAUGGCAAACUGCAAAAUUCCGUGUUGUCCGAACAGGUGACGGCGGCCCACCUCAGGCUGACCAUCACUGAAGGUCAUGGCCACUUCUGUUCACUGCACAAGGUGACGGUGGUGGGGUCAAGCGGUGGUCAGCCAGAGCAGGGGUCAGCCAAGAUCACUGCUAUUGUGAGCAGCCCAAAGAUGCAACAACAAUCACCAACUCGGGUCAGGCCUAAGGUCAUUCCCGUGCGGAGGUCAGGGCCGGAGAUGGACGGGGGAAUGGAUCUCACGGUAGCUCCUGACCUCACCCCCACCGACGUGGACGAGUUCUGAGCACACACUACACAAGUCCAGGCCCAAGGGGCAGCUGUAGUGAAGCCUUAUAUGCGGUUCAUGCUAUCUUGGUGGACAGAUCUCUCACCACUUUUCUUCCCCACUCCAUCUAGCAACUAAUCACGAGUUACUUUGUGAACCUAAAUGACUGUCAUGGGCUUUGGAUCCCAUAUGUAACUUCUUUGAAAUUAUGUCAGAGCAAAAGGUUAAACUAUAUACAUAGUGAUUUAAAAUGAUUGGUCUACUCUUAUUCAACUAUUCGUAAAUAC